CUUUUCCCUUGGCAUAAUAAUACCCACACAGCAUUCCUCUUUUGAUUCUCCAGCUCUCUCCUCCGAUCCACAUAGUCAAAGAUGGCCUCUCAGACUACAGUCCUCAAGGUUGGUAUGUCAUGCCAAGGUUGUGUCGGAGCUGUGAAAAGGGUUCUUGGAAAACUGGAAGGUGUAGAAUCAUAUGACAUAGAUUUCGAUGCACAAAAGGUGACAGUGAAGGGCAAUGUGCCAGCUGAGACGGUUCUGCAAACUGUAACCAAAACUGGCAAGAAGACUGCCUACUGGGAGGCAGACGCACCAGCAGAACCCGAAGCAAAGCCAGCAGAGCCUGCAGAAGCUGUGGCUGCUGCAUAGAGUAUUUUCAUGUCGAAUAUUGUAAGAUUGGCGAAUGUUAUAUGACGCACUGUAAACUUAUGAUGCACCCUGUUGCUUGGUUGUAAGCUACCCUAUUUCUUUCCAAGCUUGCUGUAUGAAUUUCUGUAUAAAUAAUUGAAGUGACAUAAUUUGGUGGUA